ACGCCCUCUAGGGUUUCUCUCAUUUUUAGGGUUUGUAGUUCACUCCCCUUCGUCUGCAACUUUUGGCGAAAAUGGUGAAGGCUCAGGGGGAGCGCGUAAGAUUAUAUGUGAGGGGGACUAUCCUUGGAUACAAGAGGUCCAAAUCGAAUCAGUAUGAGAAUACUUCCUUGGUCCAGAUUGAGGGGGUUAACACUAAGGAGGAGGUAGCCUGGUACCUUGGGAAGCGUAUGGCCUAUAUUUACAAGGCUAAGGUGAAGAAGAAUGGCUCCCACUAUAGGUGCAUUUGGGGAAAGGUCAACAGGCCCCAUGGUAACAGUGGUGUAGUUCGAGCCAAGUUCAAGUCGAACUUGCCACCUAGGUCUAUGGGAGCGAAGGUCAGGGUUUUCAUGUACCCAAGCAGGAUUUGAGUGCAAGGAUUCUUUUCGAGGCUCGAUCUCCAGAGUACCAGUUUGGGAAGUUAGAAUGUUUUUUCCAGAUUGCUUUUUUUUUUUUCUUUUUAACUAGUGUUGGUACUAGGUGACAUGACUCUCGAUUAUUCGCACACUUUCCUUUCCCCAUCUGCACUAUAUAAAUGGAACAUACAUGAUGCUUUGGGGUAUUGAUUGGAUUAGUAUGGAUGUUUUUCAAUGUUUAUUUGUUCAUAGGUUGCAAAUUAAAGUCCUAUGCUACUGGAAACUUGUUUUACUUUAUGCGAUUUCAAUAUUCAGAUCAGUGCAUUUACAUGGGGCCUUGUGCCCUUAGGUCC